GGCUGUAAGGGAGCUAUGACGGGACGUCUUCUGUCUCACGGUGUGCCCCCCUCAAUAAGAAACACACCCAAGACCGCGCAGUGUCAACCAGACCCUCAUGCUUCUUCCAUUCUUAACUUGGAUGUUAUUCUUCUUACUGAGGAGCCGGCCUGAGAUGAGACCCCAAGGACGGACAAAUGUUGAGAUUAUAUCAUUUUAAUACACAAACUAGAAUGCUGUGAUAGCAGACACAGCUCCUUCUGCUCACAGGUUAUAUGAAUCUACAUGUGAGGCCUGUGCAUUGUAACGGAGACGUCGCUGCCAAAUGCACAUCUGAGCAAAGACUAAAGAGAAGGAGUCUGACCAGAUGAAUUGAGGUAGGAUGUGACCUACUCAGCCCGUCUCCACGGCAUAAUGUCAAUGGGCAGAAUCUGGGAAGGAAGUGGGAAGCUAAUGUGCUGGUUUUUUCUCGCUUACCUUCUCCUCUUGGCUUUACCAUGCAUGGGCUUCCUCCCCAACUUCUGGUCCCGAGUGUUAACGAUGUCCUGGGACUCACACACGCACCAAUAUAUCACAGAGCAGGCCGUCCUCAAUGUCACCCUGGAGACGCUGAAGGGAAACCCUGCAGAGGAACAGACCAGACUAGGCCGUGGCUUCUGGAGAGCUUUGGGAGAGGUGGUGAAGUCCAAUGCCGCCAUGGACUUCCUGAGCUCCACCAGGUCUGACCCGGUGUACCACUUUGAUUCAGAGCGGGUGGACAGCGCCACGGUGAUGUUACGGCAGUUCUGGGCCCAGACUCUGCUCUCAGUGAGGGCCAAACAGUACCAAACUGCCCGUCACAGCUUGGGCCAGCUAUUUCACUCCCUGCAGGACUUCUACAGCCACAGUAACUGGGUGGAGAUGGGCCGACACUCCAUAUACCUCCACCUGCUGCAGCCAGAGGAGCCAGUCAUCCCUGUGGCUAAAGAGGACAUUCCUACCUGUAUGGAGUGCUUCAGUGCCACCUGUCGAAACAACUUAAUGCCAAGACUGACUAAUGCACAGCAGCAGUCCCAGCUGCUCACUACUGGCUACUUCAGCACUUUCCCUCCAAAACCUCAAGGUAAAUGUAGUCAUGGAGGAAUUCUGGACAGUAGCCGCUAUAUGGGGGCUAAAGGCGGCAUCAACAAAGACAGCACCUCACCUCUAUUCUCCCCUCACUAUUACCUCCAUGUGGAAGCUGCUGCUUUGGCGACUGAGGCCACCCUGACUGUACUGAGAGACCUCAGAGACAACGUGGGUGACAAAGCCUUCCUUCGGCUCUUCAGCGUGAAGCAGGCCCCUGCCUUGGUAUUUGUUAUAGACACCACAGGCAGCAUGUUUGAGGAGAUCACUGCUGCUCGCCUCCGGGCUCACUCCAUCAUCCAGAGCCGAGCCAGAAGCCCGGCGCAGACAGGCACCUUCCUACUCGUGCCCUUCCAUGACCCAGCCGUAGGACCGGUGUAUGAGACCGAUGACCCAAACCAGUUCAUGCAGCACAUGGAGAACCUGAUGGCGCUGGGAGGAGGAGACGAACCAGAGAUGUGUCUCUCUGCCAUUCAGCUGGCACUCACUCACAGUCCACCGCUGUCAGAGAUCUUUGUAUUCACUGAUGCUUCCCCUAAAGACGCCCACUUGUUUGAUGCGGUGAAGGCACUUGCACUUGAGAAACAGAGCAAGGUGACAUUUCUCUUAACCGAGGAUCCCAACCACACACCAGAGGUCAGAGGGAGAAGCAGGAGGAGGAGGAGAAAGAGGAGGAUUAAGCAACCUUUGUCACCCGAUCGUUUCUCUCUCUACUCUUCCCUCUCCUCCGUGUCAGGAGGAUUGACCAUAUUCACCUCCAACUCUGACAUCCACAGGGUUUCCACCAUAGUGGAGGAUAACACAGCUGCUGACAAGGUGACCCUGCUCCAUGUGGAGAGUGACCAGGAGCUGAUGUCCGCUCAUUCCUUCAGAGUUGAUAGUUCAUUGAAGAAUGUUACCAUACAUGUCAUUGGCCUCCUGCUUGAGUGUAUCCUAACCAAUCCUUCAGGCCAAAGCCAGUCUCUGUUGAGUGAAAAAGGUUCCCUGGCAGACUUGGAGCACUUUGAGGGUCUAUACCGCAUCAGCCUAUUUUUUCCCAUACAACAAGGCCAGUGGAAAGUCCACGCCAAGAGUGACGGACACUUCACAUUCAACGUGAUAGGUGACAGCCGUGUAGAUUUCCUGUAUUACUUUGCCACUGUAACCAAUGAGACACACCCAGGUCUGGCCAGAGUGGAGGGUAGUCCAGUAGCAGGUAUUUGUAAUUUUCUGGUGCUGGCUGUUACAGGCCUGGCUCCAGAAGAGGGCGCGUCUUUCAGUCACGUGACACUGUUGGGAGCCCAAGGUGACACCCUGCAUCAGAUGAAGCUGAACUCCUCCUCUUCCUCCUCUUCCUCCUCUCUCUCGUCAUCCUUCUCUGUGGACGAGAUGGUGGGAUAUGUGGAGUCUGUUCCCAGAGUUCCCUUCUGUGUUCGACUCACAGGCCGAGACAGAAGAGGAGACAAGCUGGAGAGGGUUUCCACUGAGAUGGUGCAGCCCACUCAUGUUCAGAUACAGGUUUUGUCUGUCCCUCGCCUGGUACCCGGCCACAGCACAUUGGUGGACUUUGACAUCCUAAACCGCGGCCCGGCCCGACUCUUCAGUCUGAGCAUGGAUGACGACUGUGGAUAUCUUCAUAAGAGAGGACCUCACAGGUUCCAUGUUGCGGAACAAGGGUCUUUCCACGAUCAGGUGAACCUCCACACUCCUGCCACAGCUCAGGCAGGAGCCACUGUCACACUCACCCUCACUGUGCGGGCUUUCGACUCCGCAGACUCAAAUUACGCCGUCACUUACUUGACUGUUGUUCCCCCGGAUCCUGACACGUUCCCACCAUCCUGCUCCACUGCAGGAGGGCAGUCCACCUGUCCUUCCAUUUGCAAUGAGUCCAGCUGGACUGUAUCUCUGGUCGUGUCAGACAGAGGGCGCUCUGGCCUUGCUGCCCUCCAACUACAGAGGGGUGAAGGCAUCCUGACUUUAUUCCUCAGCCCUCCAACCACAGAGGACAGUAUGGGACAUGCCCAGCUUGACCCCGACCAGCAGCAGUCACUCAGGGAUCAGACAACCAGCGGAGACCACCACUACAAAGCCAGAUUGGAGAAGGGAGACUCCCCUUUGAAUGUGUCUGAAUGGGUCCAGGGUUCCUCUCAGCCACUGUGGGCGAGGUACACGUCCAGCUGCUGCUCUGCUCAGGCAGAGCUGCUGGUGUGGGAUACUGCCGGAAACAUGAAGCGUUGCAACCUAACGCCUGAUCAACAGAGGCAGCAAAGAGACAGGAGCACAGAAACCAGUGGAACUGGGCGGAUAAGACUGCCAGACGUCUUUUUCUUGCUCUUAGUCCUGCUGUGGUCUCCUUUGCUUUAG